UUUCGAGGUCGAUUCUGGGCGUGUAAUUGGCGGCUUUUCCGAUUUUGACACCUGUGACGCAUUCUCCGACUUAUUCGACCAAUUUCUAGUCGCGAUUACCAUUUUUUAUUGAUCACAUGCUUGUGUUAUUUCUUGUAGUUGUGGAUCGCCUACUCCAUUAAAUAUCAUCUCCCAUACUUUAUUCUCUUAUCUUCAGCAUACGAAGUACCCUCAGACUAAACGUAAACCUACUAAAGCCCAUACGUUUCACAUAAAUCUGAGUCAUCUCUAUCUAUUUUUAGAUGCAAUUUUUGAUAUUAUUUAGUCGACAAGGAAAGUUAAGACUCCAAAAGUGGUAUGUUUCUUAUACUGAAAAGGAAAAGAAAAAGAUUCUACGCGAUCUCACUACGAUUGUGCUUUCGCGAAAGCCGAAGAUGUGUUCGUUUAUUGAAUGGAAGGACUUAAAAGUUGUAUAUCGUCGAUAUGCUAGUCUAUACUUCUGUGCUGCAAUCGAGCCCCAUGAUAAUGAGCUGUUGACUUUGGAAAUAAUCCACAGAUAUGUGGAACUUCUAGAUAAGUAUUUUGGUAGCGUCUGUGAAUUGGACAUCAUAUUUCAUUUUGAAAAGGCUUAUUAUGUAUUGGACGAAUUUAUGUUGGGAGGAGAAGUUCAGGAGACUGGUAAAGAAAGCGCCUUAAAUGAUAUUGACAUGCAAGAUCUAAUUCAAGAAGAGGAGUGUAAAACCAAAGAGGAACAAGCAGAUAUAAGUGUGGUCGAUGUUUCUGGAUUUUGA